UUUCUCCCCGGCCGCGAAAAGAAAACUGACCAGGUUUCAGGGGAGAAAGUGAAGUGAAGGAGCAGCAUCGAUCACACACGCUGCGUACGCAUGAUCGAUGUCGUUUCUCGAAACACGACACGUCGUGUGUUGUUUGCGUGCGUGCAUAUAAUCUGCGCUCAACAUUUUGCGUGCAGCUCCGGCCGGAGAUCACUCGGCGCCGUCGGUCCGCGUGCGUGAGUGCGUACAUGGUGGCGGGGUUUCUGCUGGAGAGCGAGGUGUCCGACCUCUGCAUCGGCAAGCCGCCGAUCAGGUGGCUGCCGCCCUCGUCCACCGUGGCCCGCGCCGUCGCCGAGCUCGAGGCCGACGGGGCGCCGGGCGCCGCCGUCGCCGUGUGGGACGGCCAGGCGGGGGCGGCCGUGGCGGGCAGGCUGCGCAUGGCCGACGUGCUCCUCUUCCUCUGCGCCGACGACGGCAGCGGCCAGGCCACGCUCGCCGACCUCCUCGCAGCAGCCGGGGCGCCGCCCGUCCGCCGCGUGGAGCCCGACGCGAGCGUGCUGGAAGCGGUUGACGCACUGCUGGGCGGCGCGCAGAGCCUCGUGGUGCCCAUCCGCGACAACCGGCACCGGCCGGCGCAGCUAGAAGCAGAGUCGAUGUGCUGGCUCACUGUGGAGGACGUGGUGCGCUUCUUCCUCGGCUCCGUCGCGCUCUUCUCGCACAUCGCCUUGCGCUCCGUCUCCGACCUCGGCGCCGUGCGGCCGGCCCUCGCCGUCGCUCCGGGCCACGACGCGCUCUUCGCCGUCGAGCCGCUCCUUCGCGCUGCCCUGGCGACGCACGCCUCCGUCGCCGUGGUGUCCGGACGCUGCCUGGUCGGCGAGAUCUCGCCGUUGACGAUCUGCUCCUCCCUCGACGCACCCACCGCCGCGCUCUCGCCCAUGUCCUUGGUCGACUCUGCCCGCGCCCCGCGAGAAGCCGCCCUCGGGCCCCGCCUCCGCAGCCGCAACCUGCACGGCGUGCUGGACCUGCUCAACGCCGGCGGCCGCCACUUAUCGUGCCCGUCCUCUUCCUCUUCGUCCUCCUCGUCGAGCGCAUCCUCCUCCUCUUCGUCCGACGGCGAGGACGACGACGAGAAGAACGUCAUCUCGGCUUUCACGAGCACGGGUCGACAAGCCAAAUUCUCGGCGCGGUGGACGAAGGGGGUCAUCGCGUGCCGGCGGGGCAGCUCGCUGGUGGCGGUGAUGGCGCAGGCGGUCGCGCACCGCGUGACGCAGGUGUGGGUGCUGGACGACGAGCCGGAGGGAGAGGAGCUGGUGGGCGUCGUUGGUCUCGUGGACGUGCUCCGGGUGCUCCGCCGCCACCUCCUCCGCGCACCGCCCGCGCACACUAUGGCUGAGUAAUCUCGGCUCCUCCCGGAAUGCAAGAAUUUCACCAACACCGUGAAUGAAACUGAACCGAAGCAAAGCUAAGGGUUGUAAAGUGAGGUGAUUUUCUGGCUAGCUAAUCCUGAGUACUCUCUAAUCCUUUUGAGCCUGCUAGAUGGCUGUUAAGUGUUAACGUUUAGCUUCCUUACUUUCUG